GCAGCGGUUGCCAUGGUUAGGUUGAAGGUUGAAAAAAAAAAAAUAUAAAACGUUUGUGGUAAAUGUGACGUGAUAUUAUUGAUACUCGUGGUGAUAAACAGCAAUUGAAUUUAAUAAAAAUAUUCAAAAAUGUCAACGGACGAAAAGUUUGAUGGAAUGCUGAUGGCUAUGGCCCAGCAGCAUGAAGGAGGUGUCCAAGACUUGCUGGACACGAUUUUCAAUUUUUUGGCGCGCAAGACAGACUUUUAUACCGGAGGUGGUGAAGGUGCUGCUGAAAAGUUGGUCAACAGUAAAUUUAAGAAACACCAAGCGACCGCUAUCGCUAAACACAACCGAGAGCAGGAAGAGCGCGCGGAGCAGGAGCGAAGACGGAAAGAAAAAUUAGAGAAAAAAAGAAAAGAGGAAGAGGAGGCUGCCAAGAUGAUGUUGGAUGAUGAUAGUUCCUGCAAAAUUGAAGAGGUAACUGAUGAAAUGGCCGAUAAACUCAAAGCUCAGUGGACCAACAGACCCAAGAGCGAAGCUGAUUCAUCAUCAGUUCCCGGGCCCAGCACCGCAGCAGCCAAUGGCGAGCCUCAAAAUUCCUCCGUCGAAGAUAAAAAACCAGAGGAUUCAAAAGUGAAAGAGAUUGAUGACGAAGAAGAAGAUGAAUCAGAGAAAGGCAAACUGAAGCCCAACAGUGGAAAUGGUGCAGACAUGCCCAACUACAGAUGGACGCAAACGCUUCAGGAGGUCGAAGUAAGAGUGCCACUUAAGGUCAACUUUGUCGCCAGGCCCAAAGAUGUUAAAGUGGUAAUUACAAAAAAACAUCUUACUUGUGGUAUUAAAGGUCAGCCGCCAAUUAUAGACGGCGAUUUUCCGCAUGAAGUUAAACUUGAGGAAUCCACUUGGGUCAUUGAGGAUGGAAAAAUUUUACUCAUAAACUUGGAGAAGGUUAAUAAAAUGCAAUGGUGGGCACAUAUUGUCACAAGUGAUCCGGAAAUAAGCACUAAGAAAGUAAAUCCAGAGCCGAGCAAACUCUCAGAUCUUGACGGAGAGACACGUGGACUCGUUGAGAAGAUGAUGUACGAUCAGCGGCAAAAGGAACUCGGGUUGCCGACAUCUGAUGAACAGAAAAAGCAAGAUGUCAUUAAAAAGUUUAUGCAACAACAUCCUGAGAUGGACUUUUCAAAAUGUAAAUUCAACUGAGCACGUUAUUUAUUAUUAAUUUUUUGCAAAAUUGCGCUGGUCUGAUUCAUUUUUAUCCUUCAAAUUUAAAAUUCAUUUAUCAUAAGUUUAAUCUUCAUUCUUAAAUAAUUUUAUACUGAAUUAAGUCACACAUUUCGUUCUGUUAAUUGUAAGCAUUGAGGUCAUUAAUUCACAGUUUAUUUUUUGUUGUGUAUUUGUUUUUUAAUCUUUUUGUAUGUCACAAUUGAGACCUAAUACAUAUGUCAC